AUGGGCUACAAAGCAGAAGAAGAUAUACUAUUGCAAGAUGAAAUAGAAGAGCUUGCUCUACAAGGCCUUUACCCAGGAGAGCAGCGCAAGUAUCCAGGGCUCAAACUAACGGACGAAGACCUUACACGCAUCGACAAAAUUGACGAUUUGGAUAUGGGAGCUAUCAAUACCGCUCCUGCUCCUGUUCCAAGUCCGCCGUCGCCACCAAUAAUUGGGCCUUUGACUUACACCAAAGCUCUCCAAGUAGCAAAUAAAAGGGCUAACGGAUUCUACCCUUGCGUAUGGCAAAUCGCUCUUGCUUGGGCACUGUAUCGCAGAGCCUGUGAUGCUCUGCUGGUAGCGGGAACGGGCUAUGGUAAGACAUUGCCACUCAUACCUAAUCUCUUCCUUGACCUGGAGCUUAUUGUGUGGAUUGUUUCGCCUCUGAACUACAUUGAAAUGGAGCAGGAAAUAGUACUCACCAAUUGGGCGCGCUGUACUAUUGCUGUAAACUCUAUGACGAUGCCACCAGGGCUUAUAAAGGUGCGCCAAUAUGUUUAUGAUUAG